GGUCGAAAAUCUAUUUCCAAUUUAACAUUAUGAAAAGAAUUCUAUCAAACAGUUGGUAUGCAUCCCCCCAUGUCAAUAGAAACACAGUGAGCUGAGCUCCGUCCCUGUCCCACACAUACAAAUAAACAAGAUUUCGUUUAAAAUUAUAACUCAGUCCUACACUCCUAUCAUAUCAUAUUUUAUUAAUACAAAUUAAUUGUGCCUGUGUAUAAAUAUUCCCCCUUCUUCUUCACCAAUCAUCUUCAAUUUUCUUUUUUUAUCCAUAGCAAACAGAGAGAGAAUGGUGCUGGGUCUAGAAUCUGUAGCGUUUCAGCAGGACUUGAUUGCUUGUGGGUGGAAGGAUCUGCAACCCAUGGGGAGCGGUGAGAUUCUUCGGAGCUUUGUCUAUGGCGGAUUUGGAGAAAACGACUGUGGCGGCGGCGGCGGAGCUGAGAUUUUGAAUACACCCAAUUGGGGACAUUCUUCGCCAAAUUCUGCCUCCUUCCCGGAAUAUAAUUGUGCUCUGAAUAAACGGUCGACGGAGGGUGAUCCGGCGGCGAAGAGAGGGCGGCGAAAGCGGCGGAGGGGAAAGAUGGUGAAGAAUAGUGAAGAAAUUGAGAACCAGAGAAUGACCCACAUCGCCGUCGAACGCAAUCGGAGAAAGCAAAUGAAUGAGUACCUUUCUAUGCUGCGUACCAUGAUGCCUUCUUCUUAUACCCAAAGGGGAGACCAGGCAUCAAUCGUGGGAGGCACGAUCAACUUUGUGAAGGAGCUGGAACAACUUGUGCAAUGCUUAGAGGCUGAGAAGCAAACCCAUAAUUUUUUCUCCGGCCGUGACUCGGUCAACUCGGCCGCGGAGAAUCGGGCGAUGACGGUGGACGUGGAGGUGACGGUGAUAGAAAGCUACGCCAAUAUCAAGAUGAUAGCAGAGAAGCGGCCGAGGCAGCUUCUAAAAGUGGUGGUGGAAUUACAUUCUCUUCACCUUUUAGUUCUUCACAUUAACGUCACAACUAUUCGCGAAAUGGUUCUCUAUUAUUUCAGCGUUAAGAUUGAGGAUGACUGUAAACUGAGCACAGUGGGUGAGAUUACUGCAGCUGUGCAUGAAAUGUUCGGAAGGAUCCAUGUGGAAAAUUUUGUCGAGUUAUAUAUUUAAUUUCAGCAUUAUAGUUCUUUUUUUUUUUAAUUUCAAUUAGAUUAAUGUUUUUCUAAGAGGUCAAUUAGAUUAAUGUUACUAUCUAAUCAUUUGAUGUAUUUGGAUCCAUAUUUAUAUUAUAUAUUAAAUUGCAGAUGA